AUGUCUCGCCUGACUGCAGCACAAAUCAUUGGGCUCGGCGAAUAUCUCAAGCCAGAGUUCGAACCCUCAACGCUGACCGUGUCGCAGCUCCUUGGCGUGCUAGGGUACCACAACAUCCCUUAUCCACAGCCUUACACGAAACCGAAGCUCAUUCAGACAUUCAACGAUGAAAUCAAAGCAAACGCAAAGAAAUUGACGAAAGAAAGGCUUAAGAAGGAGAAUAGUAUCGCGAGUGAUGAUGGUAUCACAGACGGCAUCACUGGGGAACCCGUUGGCGGGCGAAAGCCCGCACCAGCACCAAGGAGGUCGUCACGCCGUCUGUCGCGUGCGCCAGCGGAGCCAGAAGAGAUAGACCUUCCUCGACCUGAUCCACCGAAACGUCGAAGGUCUUCAGCACAGCCUAACCUUGGUGGCUCGUCACACAGAGCUGCACGCACCCCUACUGUGGAUGCCUUAGCCGAAGAAAGUGAGCCAGACGAAGACGAAGAAGUACCUGUACGCAAGGUUGUGAGGAGUAAGAAAACUGCACAAGCUGCAGGUUCACAAGCACGUCGUGUGUCUCAACCAAUGGCAGAAGAAAGCGGAUGGGAAGAUAACAAUAUUUUCCAAUCUGGAGCAGAGUCUUCCCCAGCACGUCCGUCCCCAACUAGGCCCAAAGUGCCCCGAAAGAGCGGGAUUGCGAGGAAGUCGCGUAAGUCCAUGUCAGCGCCUCCACAGAUUCAGCCAUCACCUUCGCCGACGCAUCCACGGUAUUCGAACGACUCAAAUUUACUUAUUUCUCCGCCUCAGUCGAAAUUUGAACCACAGUUGCCCCUGGACGUCUCCCGAGAGACUCGCAUCAUGGCGUCUAGGAUGUCACAGACACUUGUUUCGUCGUCAAAGAAGGCCGACGUCAUCGUUGCCCAAAAGCAGGAGCAAUCAGACGACGAGCUGGACUUCCUCAGCCCGAACCGCGUUGGUCAGGACCAGGUGGCAAAGCAAGAAUCGGGCGCUCCAUAUGAUAACGAAGAAGCCAUUGACGAGCAAGCGCCUGUCAGAGAUGGAGAUGGAGUUCUAGCGCCGUCGACUCGUGAGGUCGCAAGACGGCGGCCAGCAGUUCUAGAGCCUACGUCAAGCUCUAUCGUGUCUCGGCUUUUGGUCUACUUACUCGCUGCAGCUUGUUUCGCAUUGACUGCUAAUUACCAGUCCGAGUCUGCACCAAUUGGCUAUUGUGAGCCUGGAACACGUACCAAUUCUGCGCUGGAAGUCCACAAAGCCAAGAUAGCGGACAUGGGGUCGUGUCUGCCGAAGAACAUCUCUCUCUCCGAACUACCGGAAUUUCUGCUAGAGCACUUUGCGCGCGAUGAUCCUACCGAUUGUUCUCUGUCACCCUUAUUCGCUCUCCCACAUCCAACGACGUGUACCCCUUGCCCAGAACAUGCCUCUUGCACACAGCACAAUGUAGUGUGUGACAGUGGCUACCUCCUCAAACCCCAUCCGCUCUUGUUUUUCCUCCCUCCUGUAUCCUCGCCGUCUUCCAUCAAAAUAUCUACAUCAUCACCACCAUCAGAUGUGGCUUGGAAGAUCGUAUCUAAGCUUACCGACGGCCUUCCAUUGUUUGGUAGCGUGGGUUUGCCCCCGAGGUGUGUGGAGGAUCCUCGCCGGAGGAAAAAUAUUGGUAAACUCGGAAAUUUGACGCUACGGCGUCUAGGACAGGAGAGGGGUAGGAAGCUUUGUAUGGGGGAGAAUGGAGUCAAUGUUCCAAGUGAACAGGCAGGUGGCGAAGCUAAAAGAUGGGGUUUACUGGUUGAUGAAUUGAGAGAGGAGCUCCGAGUGAAAGUCAAGGCGACACGCUCGGAUGCGUUUGAAGAAGAAUUCAACGAAGCCAUCCAACAGUUGAUACAGUGGGGUGGCGUUAUGUUCUCGGAAGACUCUGAGGGUAAACGAUAUGUAGCCCACAAGACCCCUGAGUUGACCUGGAGCUGCGCGAUCCUUGUGAAUGUCCGAGAAUCUUGGAAAGAAUGGCGAAAUUCUAUCUUUGGUGUCUUGUUGACGAUCCUCGGUCUUUACGCCGAAAAGCUGCGCAGAGCCCAGAGGUAUCGCGAUCGCGUACGUGCUGCAGAGCUGGUGCAGGUUGCUCUGGAUACGCUCCGAAACCAAGAACUAGCUCACCACAUCGAUCCCGUUACUGCGCCACAGCCAUUCUUAUCGUCACUGCAACUCCGUGACCUGAUACUCCAGGAUGAGCAUUCCAUCGACACGCGUAAACGCAUAUGGGAUCAAGUCGAACGUGUGGUCGAGAGCAACGCAAAUGUCAGAACGAACCUAGAAGAAGUCUCCGGAGGUGAUGAAAUGCGGGUUUGGCGAUGGGUUGGCAGCACUAGCACUGGAGCAAGUCCGAUCAAAGCUGCAGUUCCACAAGAUGUCGUUGAUGGACAUGACGAUCGGGAGUAA